AGUGUUGGCUGCUACUUCGUUUACAUUGUGCGAAAGAGGGUUUGAGAUCAAGUGCUAUUUGGUGUUUUAGCCAUUUAUUACAGCCUUUGAUUGAGUUGCGUUGCCCUGCGUUUUUAAUGCUUGCUUCAAACACUUUUGCCAACAAAUCAUUUGAGUAAAAAGAAACGAAAGACAAAUACGUGAACAUAACAUUCAGCCGCUGGUGUUAGCGUAAUAAGACUACAACAAUAUAAAAUAAGCAACCAGUUUGCUAGCUAAUUGCCAUCUGAUCGUGACGCGCUGGCACACUUUCCAACUUUUUACACAAUAAGUUGGCUUUUGUACUCAUUUUGAAAUGAAAAAAUACUAAAGGAAACGAUUAAAAAUUAAAUACAUUAAAAUAAAAAAAAACUGAAAUACUAAAAAGAAUAUAACAUCUGAAAAAUUAUUAAAAAUAAACAAAAAAUUUAAAAGCUAAAAUUUCCAAAAUUAAGUUUCGUGAUAAAAGCUGGCAAUAUUCACUCAAAUAUUGUAAAUAAUAAUCGAGAAAUAAAUAAAGCAACAUAUAAACAAAAUUUAAAAAUUGCAAUUUAGAAAACACCAAAAAGAUCUCUUGAGAAAUCGUUAAUCAAAAUUAAUUGCAAUUUUCGCAGUGGUUGAGUGCGUGGAGUGAAUAAAGAUUUUACCCAACAUGGAGUCGCUCUCAAUUAUGCACAUAGUAAAGUUGACCUUUAAGGUUCUCGAAUUCAAGUAUCAGCAAAGUAAACACACAACCAGCAUUUACGAAGUGGUCAAGACCACCAAAGGCCAAGUGAAGGGCGUGAAACGUCUCACCAUUUGGGGUGAUUCUUAUUUCAGUUUUGAACGCAUCCCUUUUGCCAAACCUCCAGUGGGGGAAUUGCGUUUUCGUGCCCCGGAACCAGCUGAACCAUGGAAUGGUAUUCUAGAUGGCACUGGCCCCGCCGAGAAACCACUGCAGACCUAUGUUUUAUUUCGCAAAUAUAAAGGAUCCGAGGAUUGCUUGUACCUGAAUGUUUUUACAAAGAAUAUAAAUCCCGACAAGCAUCGUCCGGUUAUGGUUUGGAUUUAUGGGGGUGGCUUUCAGAUUGGCGAAGCCUCACGUGACAUGUACAGUCCGGACUUUCUGAUGUCCAAAGAUAUCGUGCUUGUGACUAUCGCCUACCGCCUCGGCCCCUUUGGAUUUCUAUCAUUAGACGAUCCCGAUGUAAACAUACCGGGCAAUGCAGGCAUAAAAGAUCAAAUACUGGCAUUGCGGUGGGUAAAGGAAAAUAUCGCAGCAUUUGGUGGUGAUCCCAACAAUGUGACCGUUUUCGGUGAGAGCGCCGGUGGUGCUUCCACACACAUUUGUAUACUCAGCGAACAGUCAAAAGACUUGAUACACAAAGGAAUUGUGAUGUCUGGCAGCGCAUUAUGUCCUUGGGCAAAUCAACCAAACAGGCGAUGGGCUUAUCGGCUGGCCAAGGCACUUGGCUAUGAAGGAGCGGACGUAGAUAAGGAGGUGUCUGAAUUUUUACUAAACACAAAAGGACCCGACUUAGUGCGUGGCAAUGCAAUGGUGCUGACAAAAGACGAAAAACACCACAGGAUACCAUUUGCUUUUGUGCCAACUGUAGAACCAUAUUGGACGGAACAAUGUGUGAUGAAUGAACAUCCAUAUGAGCUAAUGAAAAAGUCGUGGAGCAAUAAUAUACCAAUUAUAAUUGGAGGCACCAGCUUCGAAGGUUUAAUAUUUUAUCCAGAGAUUACGCGACGUCCAGCAACGCUCGAUGAAGUGCGGAAUUGCAAGAAUCUCUUGCCACCAGAUGCGGACAUUCAUGACGAUGUACAGAAGGCUGAGACAUGUGGCCUCAGGCUCAAGGAGAUUUAUUUCGGUGAUGAGGAGUGCUCGCGUAAGACAAUGAUGCAGUUUCUGGAUCUGAACUCCUACCGCGACUUCUGGCUACCCAUCUAUCGUACAUUGCUCGCACGUCAGCGCCACAGCACCGCUCCUACCUACGUCUACCGCUUCGACUAUGACUCACGUGAAGGCAAUGCCGUUCGUAAUAUUUUGUGUGGCCGCAAUGUGCGUGGCACCUGCCAUGGUGAUGAUCUGUGUUAUCUCUACUAUGCCAUGUUCUCACAUCGGCCGGUUCAUGGCUCCAAAGAGCACGAAGUGACACGCACAAUGGUCGAUAUUUGGACAAGUUUUGCAGCAAACAGUGAUCCCAAUUGUGAUAUGCUGGAGAAUCUGAUAUUCGAGCCGAUCACACGUGAUGUGGGUGAAAUCAAAUGCCUGAAUAUUGGUGAGAAUGUUGAGUUCAUCGAUUUACCUGGUAUGGAUAAACUGAAAAUAUGGAGCGAAUUCUACGCGCCGGGAAAAUUGUGAGAUGACUUGAGUACGUGGCAAUAUUUGCAGCUUAGCGGGUGUCUACCUCAAUGAUAUUACUGUUUUGUUUGGAGAGCAAAAAUUAUGCAGUUAAAGAAUUAUUAUAUAGUCAUAUGCAUACAUAUAUAUGCGAGCGUAUAUAUAUAAGUGUUUGUUGGGAUGGAGCUUUUUGUUUUUAAAUAUGAAAUUUAUUAAAUUUAAAUAAGCCAAACCAAAUAAUAUUAGGGCAGUUCACAAUUAAACUGUACAUAUUCAGUCGAAACACCUUUUUGUACAUACACUUAGUAAAAAUAAUAAAAAUAAUUAUUUACUACUUAAUA